AUGGGCAAGAUUCAAGAAGAGUUUUACGAGCGGGGAAAGAUGGAGGAAGAUGGCCAUCGGGAACAUUCCCAUGAUGCCCUUGGCCAUCGGGAGGUGGCCACACAGUCCCUUAACAUACAAGAGAUGACCACACAGUCCCUGGACAUACAGGAGGUGGCCAUACAGUCCCUGGACAUACAGGAGGUGGCCAUACAGUCCCUGGACAUACAGGAGGUGACCACACAGUCCCUGGACAUACAGGAGGUGGCCAUACAGUCCCUGGACAUACAGGAGGUGGCCAUACAGUCCCUGGACAUACAGGAGGUGACCACACAGUCCCUGGACACACAGGAGGUGGACACACAGUCCCUGGACAUACAGGAGGUGGCCAUACAGUCCCUGGACAUACAGGAGGAGGUGGCCAUACAGUCCCUGGACAUACAGGAGGUGGACACACAGUCCCUGGACAUACAGGAGGUGGCCAUACAGUCCCUGGACAUACAGGAGGUGGCCAUACAGUCCCUGGACAUACAGGAGGUGGACACACAGUCCCUGGACAUACAGGAGGUGGCCAUACAGUCCCUGGACACAAAGGAGGUGGCCAUACAGUCCCUGGACAUACAGGAGGUGGCCAUACAGUCCUUGGACACACAGGAGGUGGCCAUACUGUCCCUGGACAUACAGGAGGUGGCCAUACAGACCCUGGACAUACAGGAGAUGGCCAUACAGUCCCUGGACAUACAGCAGGUGGCCAUAAAGUCCCUGGACACACAGGAGGAGGUGGCCAUACAGUCCCUGUACACACAGGAGGUGGCCACACAGUCCCUGGACAAACAGGAGGUGGCCAUACAGUCCCUGGACAUACAGGAGGUGGACACACAGUCCCUGGACAUACAGGAGGUGGCCAUACAGUCCCUGGACAUACAGGAGGUGGCCAUACAGUCCCUGGACAUACAGGAGGUGACCACACAGUCCCUGGACAUACAGGAGGUGGCCAUACAGUCCCUGGACAUACAGGAGUUGGCCAUACAGUCCCUGGACAUACAGGAGGUGACCACACAGUCCCUGGACACACAGGAGGUGGCCACACAGUCCCUGGACAUACAGGAGGUGGCCAUACAGUCCCUGGACAUACAGGAGGUGGCCAUACAGUCCCUGGACAUACAGGAGGUGGACACACAGUCCCUGGACAUACAGGAGGUGGCCAUACAGUCCCUGGACAUACAGGAGGUGGCCAUACAGUCCCUGGACAUACAGGAGGUGGACACACAGUCCCUGGACAUACAGGAGGUGGCCAUACAGUCCCUGGACACAAAGGAGGUGGCCAUACAGUCCCUGGACAUACAGGAGGUGGCCAUACAGUCCUUGGACACACAGGAGGUGGCCAUACUGUCCCUGGACAUACAGGAGGUGGCCAUACAGUCCCUGGACAUACAGGAGAUGGCCAUACAGUCCCUGGACAUACAGCAGGUGGCCAUAAAGUCCCUGGACACACAGGAGGAGGUGGCCAUACAGUCCCUGUACACACAGGAGGUGGCCACACAGUCCCUGGACAAACAGGAGGUGGCCAUACAGUCCCUGGACAAACAGGAGGUGGCCAUACAGUCCCUGGACAUACAGGAGGUGGCCAUACAGUCCCUGGACAAACAGGAGGUGGCCAUACAGUCCCUGGACAUACAGGAGGUGGACACACAGUCCCUGGACAUACAGGAGGUGGCCAUACAGUCCCUGCACAUACAGGAGGUGGCCAUACAGUCCCUGGACAUACAGGAGGUGGCCAUACAGUCCCUGGACAUACAGGAGGUGGCCAUACAGUCCCUGGACAAACAGGAGGUGGCCAUACAGUCCCUGGACAUACAGGAGGUGGACACACAGUCCCUGGACAUACAGGAGGUGGCCAUACAGUCCCUGGACAUACAGGAGGUGGACACACAGUCCCUGGACACACAGGAGGUGGCCAUACAGUCCCUGGACAUACAGGAGGUGGCCAUACAGUCCCUGGACAUACAGGAGGUGGCCAUACAGUCCCUAGACAUACAGGAGGUGGCCAUACAGUCCCUGGACAUACAGGAGGUGGCCAUACAGUCCCUAGACAUACAGGAGGUGGCCAUACAGUCCCUGGACAUCAGGGACACUCUCACAAUACCUCUGGCCCGACCCUGA